GUUCAGUUCGCUGUGAGCGCUUAUAGCGUUUGGUGCGUUUUAACGGAAGAAUCAGUGCCUAACGAACCGAUCCAUUAACCAACCCAUUCACCACGAACCCACAAGCGAACAAAAAAACCACAGCCAAGCUGAAACAAACUAAAGGAUAUAAUCCAUGCGCAUGCGAUGCGAUUAUACAUAAAGCUCGUCUACAGACAUCAAAAGUUGUGCGUGCAAUGAGCCGUGAUUCGAAUGUGUCACGAUUUUAAUUAAAUCGCCAGUUAUUAAAAGAGUUGAAACAAAAACAGUUGCAUUGAAUUUCAUCGAACGUGAACCCCACAACAGAGACACGAACAAACAAACAGCGCGUUGCACGUUGCACGGUGCACGGUCCAAACUUGCAUCCACGGCGACAUCGACAUCCAUAUUCAUAUUCAGCGCGCGCGAAAUUCUUUCUGUUGUUCCUGUUGCAGCAGGACUGUCCUUGUCGUAUUGUUUAUGGAUUUGUCUGCCUUUCCCAUUCAUGAAUUCCUUCUCCUCUAACACGUAGCAGCGACAUCAACAGGUAUCCCCCCUGUAGAGAUGAAUGCGCGGCUAGCGGACUAGACUUAUUUGCUUUCGCUUGAUGUUCACGCAACAGACGCGUCACGACUUGCCGCAUUAGACGGCAACCCGACAGCAGGACCCUUUCUGCUCUCUGGCCCGCGAAGGACAGCCAACCAAUUUUUAGAUAAGUCCGAAGCUAAAAUAAAAAUAAACGCCCUGAACAGGGAGUCAAGAGAAGAGCACAGGCGAAGGAUCAGCAGAAGGACGACAAUGCGUUUCGAGCGCAUUUUACCGCUGCUUUGGCUCUGGGCCUGGACCUGCCUGGGGCCGGCCACAGCCUAUCCAAACACGCAGCAACAGCAACAACACCAGAAGCAACAACAGCCGCUGGUCACCUAUUCGACCACCUCAACCACAUCAUCCAGCCAAAGCAAUGGUCGUGCUUCUGGACCACUCCUUCAACCCGCCUUUGUGUAUGACGCGGCCAUGCCCCAGCAGGACGAGACAUCCCACUCCCAGCCAAAGACAGAGGCAUCGCCAUCAAAGAAAGUCAUCGGUUCCAGUGUGGCCUCAUCGGUUGGAGCAGUGGUGCUGGAUGGCAACGAACCACAAUUCACUGACGCCCUGGGCCACAAGGUGCCCAAGCCGCAGCCCUCGCUGCAGGUGGCCAGUCCCAUAGAUCUGCUCAAUCCGGACCGCUAUGAGUUCUAUACGUUCGACGAGCACGGCGAGCUGGUGAAGCGUCUGAUGACCAUGCAGGAAAUACAGAGCAUUGUGGCCAACGGUGACGGGGAGGGUCCCUCCAUCAUACACACAGCUCCGCCGCUGUCCGAGCCCAAUCCCGAGAAGAAUGUCCAGGACAUUGUGGACAGCGUGCAGAGUGUGCUGAACAAGGAGGUGGCCUCCAGCUCCGCCAAGAACAGUUCCGGCGAGCUGCUGCUGCCCCUGCUGGACACCCCUGAUGUGUCCUCCUCCUGGUCGCUCAUCCUGCCGGCCAUUUUCGGCAACACGGGCGGUGACCUUUUCCUGCAGCAAAAGCCGCAGCAGAUUGUGAUGACGCCCGAGUCGGAGCUGGUGGAGGCCUCCACCCAGGCGGCGCCAUCACCAUCCCCCUCGCGGGCCACCAAGAAGCCGAAACCCGCCAAGCGGAAGCCGGGCAACAAGCGCAAGCCCCCCAGCACCAGCACCACCGAAGUGACGCCGCAGGUGGUACAAGAGGAGCUGGACCCCAUGGAGUCCGUGUACACGGGCAUGCAACAGUACCAGCACGUGGCCGCCAACAUGCAGGACUUCGAUCUGCUCCACAUGCAGCCCAUCUACCAGAAGCUGCCCAGCACCACGGACAAGCCGGAGACAACCACCCGCCGAGUGUUCUACAACAAUCAGGAGAUCAUCCACACGCCCACCUCGUCAAGCAGCGCCCCCUCAACCACCGAGAAGACAGUCCUUAACCACACACUGGCCAAGAAGCCACCAAACGUGCACAGGAAGCCAUCGCAGCCACCACAUAGGGUGAAGAAGCCCACUAAUGGGGUUGAAGCGGAGAUAGGAAGUGGCACCACUUCCCUGCCCAGCGGCGGCAAGCAAAAGGUGAAGAAGAAGACAACAACAACAACAACGACAACAACGACAACACCACCACCUGUGCCCCCAACUGAGGCAGCGACGAGCCAGCCUGAGCCAGAAGUAAGCGCUGCAACAACCACAGUCCGUACACCUGCUGCAACCACGCCCAAGAAGAAGAAACGCAAGCCCACACGUACGCCAGGCACAGGCACUGGAGCAGCCAGCAGCAGCAAGCCAUCGAAGCCCAAACGCAAGCCAACCUCAAAGCCCAAGCCAGGGCAAAUACAGGCGGCAGAAACAAGUGCACCGCAGGUGCAGGUGGUCACCCAGAAACCAACAAGGCCCCAGCGUCCAAAAAAGAAGCCCAAGCCUACGGCCACACCUACGCCUACGCCCAUCACGACCACUACGACGACGAAACCAACCACUCCAGUGCCAGAAACAACAGUCACAUCAGCCGCAGAGGCAGAGCCAGGUCCCACACAACCCCCAGUUGUGAUCUCAACCAGUACCAUGGCCAAUACUCCAGAGCCAGAGCCACAGACAGAGCCGUCGACGUCAACAACAACAACAACGACAGCAGCAACAACAAAGACAACGACAACGACAACCAGGCCGCCCGUGGUAAACAACCAGAAGCCGCAUGGAAAGCCAGUGAGCUCCACCAAGAGGCCACCAAAUCUUCACCACAAUCGCAUCCACAGCAAGCCGGUGCACACGACUCUGGCCACUCUGACGGAGGCAACUAAGUCUGAAAGUUAUGGACUGGUCAAUAUAAUUGCAACUCAGGCCACAACCACAACAACCCACCACCCACCAGUGUAUCCUGUGCCAAGCUACAAUAAAGAUGCAGCUCAAAAUUUAUCCACUCUGUUCGCUCAUGUCGAUCAUUCCCCCCUGAAAAAGACGCCGUUGCCUUCGUUAGCGCAGCUGCAACAACAAUUGCACCAAAGCUCGCCAUCACCAGCUCCACAGUUGUCUCCAGACCAGAUGCUCUCGAUGGAUCAGAUUGUGCAGUCCCUGACACAGGACCUCUCCGCCGCAGACAAGUCGGAUGGUGAUGAUCUCGAUGGAGCGGGCAGCGUGCCAGCUCUGGUCCCAGUUAAAUACGAGAGCGCCGAGACCCCUGAACAGAUGCAGACGUUGGCCAACAAGAAGAAGGUAACAGUGACCAGCAGUACGACAACAUCAACAACGUCAACAACAACGACUCCCAGAACGACGACUACUGUCGGUACGACGAGAAAGCCACUCAUCGCUCACUAUGGAGGAAGCACUUUGGCCACCAUGCUUUCGGAAGAGGAGGAGAGCAGCGAAGUGAAGCAGUCCACAGACUCAGCAAUGGGAGAUAAGACGAUAACGACACUCAGCAGUCUGGAGGAUGAGCCGGAAGAGGAGACUCCUGUGGUACUGAUCACGGCCAGACCGCAGUACUUCACUGUCACCCCGCAGCCAGUUCCCCUGAAGCCGUUUGUUCAGACAGAGAAGGCAACCGAGGAGGAGGAGCCAGAGACCACGGAGUUGCCUGGAGAGACGCAGUUCCUGGUGACCACGCCUAUGGCUAGUCUGGACGAGAUCGAAGCGACCACCGACAAGCCCGUAGUCGAGUCCGAAUCCGAGUCCGAUCAUGUGGUGAAGUUUGAGCCGCUCUAUGCGGAUGUGCCGGAGGCAAUUGUCACCGAGCUCAGUGAGCCAAGCUCCACGAAUGGAUACAACCAGAAGACAGAUGGGGCAGGUGAAGAGCAGGAAGUACCGACCACAGAGCAGGCACUGCGUCUGCCUGUCUCGGAAAGCAGCACUGCCGCCGACAUCGAUGCGGACAGCACCGAGGUAACGCCCAUGAUAGCCGACCUGGUGCAGCAGCUCAAUCUGGAGAUGCUGAGACCGACGGACCAGAUAUCCAUGGCAAACUUCCAGACACAGGCUGCGACGGUGGCCUCCACCCUGGUGGAUGGCAGCAACACCCUCGUCUCGGAUGUGUUUAUGAACUCCAAUGAGACCAAGGACGAGCUUGAUUUCCUCAUGUCCGAUGUUAUACAGCAGAUAACCCAAGGGGAUCAGUACAAGCCACCAGCCAAGGCCCAUCCCGAGGAUGACUCUCAUCGGCAGACCAACUAUGCCCAGCUGAACACAUCUUUCCUGCUGCAGCCAAAGCCACAGCGGCCCGAGGAACCACAGAAGCUCGAGAGGCCACAAAGCCCCGGCGUGGUAAACAAAGUGGAAUUGGAGACGACAACGGAGAAGCAGCAACAGGAGAGCACAACCCUCAAACAGGAAGCCACUUACCCGAGCGACGCCUUUCCAGCAAGUCCCGUCCACGUGGAGACGAGCACGCACCGGAUCCCCAUCCUUUCGCUGUCCCAAAUUUAUGCACAGCAACAGCAGGAUGAGGAUGAUGAGCAGCAACUGUUUACCAACGAACGACUGGACCUGCAGAGCCCGCAAGCGAAACCAACUCAAGUGCCGGCCAAGCAGGAAGCCAUUCCGAUUCCCAUCACCAUCACCAACCCCAUUGUAGAGGAGCCCGCAGGAGCCACAACAGACACUACAGAGACUACAGACGCUUCCUACACUACGGGUGCCGCUGAAGCCAUCACUGAGCGUAUGCAGUCAGAUGAGUUGAGCCAGGAGACCUCGGCCAGCGAAGAGUCAACGACCAACACCAACACCAUCACCAACAUUGUCGAGAGCUACACGGAGCGCAGCGAAAGUGAAGAGCAAAUGCCCGAGAUGUUGACAAAUGGUUACAACGAGCAAAUUCUGAUGGAGACCAGCUCCAGCUCCAGCACAGGUCCGUCCGGCGAAGGAAUGGAAUCCAUCUUUACCACGGAAAAGACUGCAACGGAAGAACCAACAACGGACGCGACCACCACCAGCAGCAGCAGCUCUGUCACGGAAGCAGCCCUGUCAGAGGAGCAGACAACGGCGACAAAUGUUUACCUGGAUACAGAUGAUGCAGAGGAUGCAGAGGAGCAAACAUCAACAUCGGAGCAGCAGCUACAGACAGAGGAGGAAGCACAAACAGCAGAUCUGCCAGCCAGUGCGGAGGACAGUGCCAUCAACGCGGCCCAACUCCUGCCCCAAUAUUCCGCACAGCCAGUGGAUGACCAAGACCAAUCAGAACAGCAGCAAGAGGAGAAGGUGGUGGUGGUCACAGAAAUUCCCGGAGAUACGUCCGUGGUAUCAUCUGAAUCGGACAUGUCGCUCAGCUCCGAGCAGGUCACGGAAAAAAUCGAAUUGAGCACGGUGAAGUCUCAGCAGCUGGACGACGAGUCAAUGGAGGAAAUAUCUGAUGAGCUGACAGCUACCAUUUCAGAAGAGCAGGACCAGGAGCAGGAGCAGGAUGCAGAGGGCUCACCAGAGUCAGCGACAGAGACAGAUGCGGUGACAAGUGCACAGAAAUUGCAGCUUGACGACGAGGAUCCAUAUGUGAAGCUGGGCGAGACGACGGCCAGUGUGGUGAGGCCGCUGCCCCAGCAGGACAAAAGCUCCAUAGAAGGAGGCCCAGAGGAAGACUCCUACAAGGUGUCUCUGCCCUUGGCCAGCUAUGGCAAUCAGCCAGGGGACCAGUCAGAUGAGGAGGAUGAGGAUGAUCAGGCAGGCUAUCAGAGCUCCACCAAAGCGUCCACCACGACAACAACUCCCACAACAACCAGCACUACGAAGCGCUUAAAUACCUUGAAGCCGGUUUCUUACUACGUCCAGCCCUCACUUCUGACAGGCUACAACCAACUAGACAACCAGCCUCCAAAGGGUCUGCCCUACAAUGCCAACAAUGGAGGCCAGCAAUUGCUGUCCUCCCAGUCUCAGUCCCAGUCGCAGCAACGACCGAUGCAGAGACCCGCCUCACUGACCAAUCUGAUGGCAAGUUCAACACAAGCCACCAGGCCGCCAGUGAAGCUGGAGCCAAGUCCGGAAUCCUCGCAGGGUCUGGAGGCAUCCACGGCGCACAUGGACGAGGACCUGCACUCCUUCGCGAGGCUCUGCAACGAGCUGGCCUUUAGCUACUGGAAGGCCAUCACCUCGGAGAAGAUAAGCUCGGCCAGGAGUCUGGUCAUAUCGCCAUUCGCCCUGACCUCCAUGCUGUCGAUGGUGUUCCUGGGAGCACGCGGCAGCACCUCUGGGGAAAUGAACGAGAUCCUCAAGCUGGACGACAUGGUGACCUUCAAUCCGCAUCUGGUCUUCAAGAACAUAACAUCUUCGGUGGAGCAGGCGAUAGACAGCGACAUAGCCACGGCCGCCUUUGUGCGGGAGAUCUUCAGCGACCGCGCCAACGGCAAGAUCCUGCCCUUCUUCAAGGAGAAGACACAGCAGCUGUACGCGGGUCACGUGGAGGAGGUCAACUUCCAUGUGGUUAACGACAUUGUGAGACGGCGCACCAACCUGCUCGUCAAGCGGCACACCAUGGGCAAGGUGCUGGAGUAUCUUCGGACAAACAGCGUGUGGGUCAAUGGCCCUCUUGCUACCAUUUCGGCUAAUCUAUUCCAGACAGACUGCUCCCACGGAUCCACGAGCGAGCGGGAUGGGGAGAUGUUCUUCCAGGUGCAUCCCACUGUGCGCCAGCGCCGCUUGGUGCCCAUCCCAGCCGUGCUCUAUCGGUCCGGCUUCACCGCUGGCUACGAGCCAAAGCUGGACGCCACCAUCGUGGCAUUCGGGCGCAUCCAGGACACAGUGAGUACCAUCUACGUAAUGCCCGGCCACCAGAGCUCCAUAUCGCCUAUGGACAAUCUGGACAGACUCGAGCGCAACCUAGUAGACAUGGCCUUUGGGGAGGCCCAGACCUGGAGCAGGCUGCUCACCUCGCUCAUGGAUCGCCCUGGAAUGGAGGUGCAGCUGCCGCGCUUCUCGCACCGCUCCUUUGUGAAUGCCUCGCUGGGGCUGCAGAAAAUGGGCCUCAAGGGUCUGUUCAAGUCGGACUUUGCCGAUCUGCGGGGACUGACUGGGGCCGGGAACAAGGACAUAUUCCUGUCCGACAUGAUACAGAUCAACACAUUCAGCACCUGCGGCGAGGAGAAGAUCUCCGAGCACCACCACGUGGAGAUGUAUCCUGCUCCUCCGCUGCGCAAGCGAAACAAAGAUGUGGAGAGCAGCGAUGACGAUGCCUACGACUCCUCGGAGGCUGCGGUCGACUUUGGCUCACUGGUACAGGAGUCGGCCCUGGGACGCGGCUUCUACGACGAUCUGCUGGACCCGAAGUAUCUGGAGCUGCCGUUGCCGCUACGUCCGCGCCAAGCGCGUGUCCCGGACGCGCCCCGGCUCCGCUUCGACAAGCCGUUCCUCUACUUCGUCCGCCACAACCCCACGGGCAUGAUACUCUUCAUGGGACGCUUCAACCCGCGCCUCCUGCCAUGAGUGCACGCGCCCUAAAGUAAGAUAAAAUAGCGACUAUCAAGCAGUUUUCUUGUUGAAUCCGGGAAAGUGAGUUAGUGAAUUUACUAUAUACAUAUUUUACUCGUAGCUGCCUACUGAAAUGCCAACCAUUAGGCUAACUUAAUCAUUAAUGAAUGCCCUUUGCUGUGCCUUAAUCCCGUGUCGUCCCGGAACCGGAACCGGUCCGAUCCGAUACGAUCCGACCUAGGAUCGUACUCGAUACGAGAUUGAUGCGCAGCAAACGAUUAUGUUUGCCAUCCGGUCCCCCCGAUUACCCAGAGUAACAAUAUUAAUCAGAAAUGUUUCUCAACUGUUUUAAAAGCAUUCUGCACCAAUUCAUUCACAAUUGCUAGCGUUCGAGUUUGGGAUUUUCUUCAUGCAUCCCGCGCAUAUUCAUAUUUAUAUUCAAAAAAUACACUUUUUAUCCCGACAAAAUGCAAAUGUAAUAGCAAUCGUGGAAUGCGUCAAUGUUUUGGCAACUGAACAAAUGUAAUUUAGUAAAAUAAACCGUACCAAUACGUAAACUAAAAGUUAUGUAUGCUAUUAUCUAAGCCUAAACGAAAAACUUUAAAUAAAUAA